AUGGUCAAACAAAACGACGUCAUCGCGAUCAUCGUCAUCGUGCUCUUCAUCGUGCUCGCGGGUGUCGCAUUCGGUAUCUACAGAUUGGUCCACGUCGCGCGCCAGAGCAUGAGCGUGACCUCCGGGUCGAGUAGUAGCAGCAGCGACGAGAUCAUGAUGACCACCUACCCAACAGCCGCCAACCUCAACUUCCGCCCCCCGCCCCCGUCCAUGGACCUCAACAUCCUGGACCAGCUCUGCAGAGAAGUAGACCACCUCGACCGCACAUCCCGCACCAAGCACCUCUUCGCCACCUGGUCCAUCGACGACCCGAGCAACCAGGGUAUCCUCAUGCUCAUCAUCAACGAGCUGCACGACCGACUCCGCGCCCGAUCCUCCGCCCUCCUCGCCCUCGAAAAGGCCCAGACGGCGCUGAACCUCGUGAUGAUCGACCUCUCCCCCGAGACCUUCGCAUCUCACAUCCUCGACGUCGGGAUCAUUGACGGCGAGCCUGACAUGGUCCCCGAGGGCAGGGCGCAGGGCGCGCGGUGGGAGCGGCAGGGCUGCGAGGUCGAGGGGCGGAUCGCGCGGUACGAGAGGGAGAGCGCGGAGCUGAGGCGCAAGAUUAGUCGCGUGGCGGCCAUGGUCGGGGAGCCUCGGGUUCUCGACGAGGCGAUUGAGAUUGACGGGUGUAAGUUUACGUUGUUUGGGCGCCGGCGCGGGGCCUGCAGGGAGGAGAAUAAGAGGAAGUUUGAGUACGACGGGCCAGUUGCGGGUUCGGUUGAGGAGGUGAAGAGGGGUCUAGUCGAGACGGCUGAGUGGGUUUUUUCGUAUAAGAGGACUAAGGGGAUGGAGAGUGGUGAGAUGAAGGAGCGGAUUCAGGCGUAG